CUAAAACCUGGCAACUCGGUUUUAACGUUAAAAAAUGCUACCAUCUAAGUGUUACAUGUAAAAGAAUUCCAAACCUCCACCAAUAUACCUUAAAUGGCUUGCCAAUAGCCAAAGUGGACUCCACAAAAUAUCUCGGAGCAGCAAUAUGAAGCAAGCUGAGUUGGAAUGAACAUGUAGACCAAUUCUGCAAAAACGCCAACACCCCCUACUUCGGCAGCCCCUACAUAAGUGUAAUUACACCUGUGACUUCCCCCGUCUCAAAAUAAACAUUUCGUUGCUCCUGAUUUCCUCCAAAUUUGGUGUGUCUGACGUUGAAAUAUUAAACAAAUUACGUUCCGAGUUUGGUGGUAGACGUUUGAAUGUAACGUACACAACACCCAUUUCAAAUUUCAAGUUUCACUCGAGGAGAAGGCGCUGCCCUCCAAGCAGGCGCGUGUGAGUAAUAUCUCCACCGAAACGAUACUGGAAGAGCUAUUUAAUGAGAAAAACAUUUCGGAUGGGAUGGAAAGUGGAUAAAGAAGCGAUUCUGACCGGUAGCUAGAAAAUGAGAGUGGAGAAUCGAGGAAAGUCCUCGGUUUCAAUUAUCAAAUUUACAUAUUCCUGAGAAGCGCAUUUUAUACACUUUAAAAUGAGAUAUUGUAGGUGUUAUUGCUUUGUAGAAGUUGGCAAUCCCUAAGUAUCGUACGUGGCGAAUGUUGAAGAGGAUGGCAUACCUCACACACAUAAGUGAACGCGAGUUUUCUCAAGAUGACAUCGCAUAUCUUGCAAACGAAGCAAGGGACUUUUGUCUUGCGAGAGGAAUGGUUUAUAAAGACUCUCUUGGUAAACCACAACACAUUCCUUUCACACUUUUCCCUUCACCUUUUCCAAAGAACCUUUUUUCUGCUGCGAGGGAAGUUCAAACGGAUUUCAACAUUCUUGUUCACAAAGCCAGCCAGGACUACCCAUUUGCAAAGAACGCUCUGGCCAGCACAAUAUCUGCUGAUCCCUUCACAGCGAAGCUUUUUCACAUUUACGAGAAGGUUUGGGAGCAAGGAACAGUUCAGCCAGUUUCACUAGGAAUAUUCCGAUCAGACUACAUGAUUGACACGACAGGAAAAUCACACAGCGAAUGCCAUAGUCACACCACAACUGAUGUCUCUGACGAAAAUAGCAAUGCACUUUGCAUAAAGCAAGUUGAAAUCAACACCAUAGCGCUCGGUGGGAUCGCAUUCUCUUGCCUUGUUCCAGAGAUGCACAGGUAUCUCCUUGAGUUGAUAGGACAAAAGAACAAGGUUCCUCUUAAUCCAGCCAUGGACGAGGCAGCCGAUGGUCUCAUUAAGGCCUGGGAACUAUACGGCUCAGAACGAGCUGUUAUUAUGUUUGUUAUCCAACCUGACGAGAUAAACGUUUACGACCAAAGACAUCUGGAAUAUCGUAUUCGCGAAAGAAGCAAGGGUGUAAAAGUAAUUAGGCAAAGCCUUACUGAUGUAUUCAGGGACGGAGAAACAGACAAUGCUAAAUCCCUUUAUGUGAAUGGAAUGGAAAUUGCUGUGGCUUACUUCAGAGCAGGCUACACGCCUAAAGACUAUCCCACAGAAAGCGAAUGGUCAGCUCGUCUAACGAUAGAGUUGUCUCGCUCCAUUAAAUGUCCCACAGUGGCUCAUCAAUUGAUGGGAACAAAAAAAAUGCAGCAAGUGAUGUCUAACCCUGGGGUGCUAGAAAGGUUUUUACCUGACAAGGAAUCCGUGGACAGAGUGCGAAGAACUUUCACUGGCCUCUAUUCUCUUGACCCGGGACCGUUUGGGGACGAAAAUAUGGAGUGUUGUCUUAAGAGGACGGAAAGAUGUGUUCUUAAGCCUCAACGAGAAGGAGGAGGAAAUAACAUUUACGGCGAAGAUAUACGCCACACGCUGAUCAACGAUGCUAAAAGCAGGACGCAGUACAUAUUGAUGGAUCUGAUUCAGCCGAAAAUCGACAGAAACUUAAUAGUCCGUGAAGAAUACACAAACGUACAAACUUUGGAUGUCAUUCCGGAACUUGGGAUUGUCGGCAUUUUUCUCAGCCGAGGAGAUGAAGUCCUUGUCAACAAAGAAGGAGGUUACCUGAUCAGGACAAAAGCAGCCACUCAGGGGGAUGGUGGAGUGUACGCUGGACGAGCUGCUUUUGAUAGCCCAUAUGUAGUAUAGUUCAUUUGGACCACGACAGAAGCAAAAGAAAGGUGGUUGUCAGCAAGACUAUCAUUUCUUGAAGGUGUCGCACUCCUUGUUUUGUGGUGAAGUUAGCUAGAGGAGAAGAUCAUGCCACUUGCAUCGAUGUUGUGACGUCAUCCGUUUUGACUGAACCGUCGAAUGGCAUCGUUCGUCAUGAAAGACGAGGCUUCUCGCCAGAACAUUGAAGUUGUUUUAAAGGGACGUUUGCUGAGCAUUAAGUUUACGUAAUGAAAACUGUUCUCUUUUCCUAGAAUUGUGAUUGACUAUUCUCGCCUUGUAUUACACCGCCGCGUUGGACCAUGGGUUCCGUAAAACGUUAAUUUAGCUGAAGAAUCUUCCAUGUAAAAAGACAAACCAGGAAACUUGUAGACAGAAUGUGAAGAUUGGAUUACAAGUCAUGUUGCCUCCAUAAAGAACAAAUCACCCAGUAUUGAAAUGGACAAUUUUAGCAUCCAAAACACUUGGUGUCCCUUAAAAACGCAUUUUUGACUCACAAUUUUAUUUAUCACACAAAACAUCAUAUUUAAUUUAUUUCUACAGAAUUCGACCUUUACGGCUUAACCAAUACCCCAAAACACAGGUCUUUAAAUUACUAACAAGGACUAUCAAUAAAGUUAACGAUUGUAUCUGUCCUACCAAGAGUCACUCCUUUGAUAAAGACUGACUAACCACAUUUUACUGUCUAAAUGCUAAAGAUUAAACCCCAAACAGAGAGCAGUUUCCAACUAAGUAUCCUGAGUGCUCCUGGAACGCUUUGGUUUUGCUAUACUUCGCUAUGUGAUUGGUCUAGAAUACUUGCGUCAUCCUCUCAAUCAAUCGAAUGCAAAAAUUGAAACCUCUUAACUUGGUUACCCGCGUUUUCCCGCGCUUCAGAAGUUUUCAAGUGCGCAUCGGAAGUGGUCUCUGGUUCCUUUUGGUUUCGCUUUUCUUCACUCUGAUUGGUCCAGAAAACAUUCACCACCAUCUCAGCCAAUCAAAUGCAAAACUAAAACCAACACCAACUUGGUCACCCGCGUUUUCCCGCGCUUCAAGCAGGCUGCCUUUCUAAUUGCUCAGUGAUGAUGUCAACCUUUGUUCUAAUCAGUAUUUGUAGUUACUUUGGUUUUGGUUUUGUAGCACUUGAUUGAAAACUGCUCUAGAGCACAAUAAAGAGUUAAAAGUACUGAAAGAAAGUCCCCCAGUAAUUGUUUGGUGAUUUCAUGGUGGACUUUAGGAGAAGUCAGGUGAUGAAGCAAUCACAUCUAAAUACAUCCCAGAUAAUGACCGGGGCUUUGUGAGAAUGGCAAAGUACGGUGAAAUCUCCUGCAAGUCUCUAACAACCACAACAAUGCUCAAACUUUACUUCAGUUGAAAACGAAAUGAACAUUUCAAGAAAGUUAAACAAGGAAAACAAUCAACAGAGCAAUAUUGUAUGCUCUGCAUACAGAAGUCCUUGAUUAUGAAAUGUGUUAAAAUAUCAACUUUGGUUGGACUGUGGCUAUGGCUGAUUCCUGAUCUACAGGGACUGUAUCAGAACAUUUAGUCUACCUGGUUGAAUAAAAUGUAAAUAUUCCCUACCUACAAUAGUGACAAAACUAUUUUUCUACACCAGAAACAGAAAAAAAAAA